AUGCUAUUCGCGGGUGAUAGCUAUUUAUUUUGUUGUGCCACUGAGAAUGACACUACAAAUGUGCUGAAUUUGCUGAAGGAUUUUGAAAUGGCUUAUGGCGAGGUGGUUAAUUUCUCGAAGUCAUUUGUGUUCUUCAGUGUAAACACUCAGCCUGCUACUCGUUCUCUAAUUUGUCAAAGAAUGGGUAUCCAAGAAGCAAAAGAUACAAGUCUUUAUUUGGGGCUUAUCUGUAUCAUUGGUAGGAACAAGAAUGCUAUCUUAGGUUUCCUUAAAGACAAGUUAUGCAAACGAAUUCAAAGUUGGGAAGGGGGGUUCUUAUCGAAAGCUGGAAAGGAGCUUCUUCUAAAAAUGGUAGCUCAAGCUCUUCCAAAUCAUGCUAUGUUAGUAUUUCUUCUGCCUUUGAAUACUUGUAAAUCCUUAGAGAGUACUAUGAGCAAACACUGGUGGCAGUCAUCUAAGCAAAGUCGUGGAGUGACUUGGAUGAGCUGGAAAAAACUCUGCAAGCAUAAGAACAAUGGUGGUCUCAAUUUUAAAGAUUUGAGGCAGUAUAAUUUAGCUUUACUUGGCAAGAAGGCGUGGAGAUUGCUAGUGAAUGAAUCAACAUUGGUUAGCAGAGUUUUUAAGGCUAGAUAUUUUCCUAAUGGCUCUUUCUUGACUGCCACUUUAGGAAACAAUCCUAGCUAUGUGUGGAGAAGCAUUUUUGAAGCCAAAGAUCUUAUUACAGCUAGUGCUAGGAAGAGUAUUGCUAGUGGAAUUCAAACAUCAAUCACUGAAGAUCAUUGGCUCUAG